CCAGGUCAGCCCACUAUCUACAGACCAAACUCCUUAGGGUUUGAUUGUAGUAGAAGAAGCCCCAAUCUCUUUAACACAAGCAUUCGUUCAUUCCGUCUCCAAACGCUGCGUUACGAUUGAUCUCCGAGUUCAAGCAUUCCAAGAGCUCCUAUGAUUUUGUUGUUCCCUUGUUCAAUCUCUUUUUCACUAGGUUUUUUUUCCCAUAUCCUUCUUCUCCAACAAGGAACAUAGAUUUCAAUAACCACUACCAGAAACCCUAGAUUCAUUCUCCCACCCAUGACUUCGACCUCUGCUUCAUCAUCUUCUUCUUCUUCAUCCUCCCAAUUCACAUACUCAAAUGCUUCUUAUUUUCCUCUGCCCUUUCACCUUCAACAGUCCGGUCCAAUGGCUGUUUCUCAGUACCCUCAGCCCUAUGUUGCCCCUUCUCCACCGCCUGUCCAUGUACCUGUGCCACCGGUCAAGAUUUCAACCAUUGCUCCUGUAUACCCAGCUUCGGCUCCUGGUGCUGGUGUCUACUCGCUCCCGCAAUAUCAGCAGGCUCAUCAGUUAUUCCAAAGGGAUGCACAGACAAUCACACCUGAAGCUCUUGAGAGUGUAAAAGCUGCUCUUGCUAGCAGUGAAAUUGAGCACAAAGCUGAGACAAAGAAGAGAGCAAUUCCUCGUAAAGUUGCUGGCCAAACUUGGGAGGAUCCAACGCUUGCGGAUUGGCCAGAAAAUGAUUAUCGUUUAUUUUGUGGUGAUCUUGGCAAUGAGGUGAACGAUGAUGUUCUUUCAAAAGCAUUUUCACGAUUUCCUUCCUUCAAUAUGGCCAGAGUUGUCAGAGAUAAGCGGACAGGAAAAACCAGGGGCUUUGGGUUUGUUAGCUUUUCCAACCCUUCAGACCUUGCAGCAGCACUUAAAGAAAUGAACGGCAAGUAUGUUGGAAAUAGGCCAAUCAAACUACGGAAGAGCAAUUGGAAGGAGAGGACAGAUUCUGAAGCCUUGGAAAGACAAAAGAACCAUAUCCAAAAGAAACCAAAGCUUUCAAAGAAGAGCAUAUUGCAUAAGUGAGCAGCAGAAGAGGCGGAGCUAAUGGUGGCAAGCCAAGUAAAGCUGGAAAGUAAAUGCAUGGCAUCUCUUUUCCAUGUUUAACUGAAUGGGUAUAGGAACAUUUGAACCUAAUGGUAGUAACUAAAGAAAGAAUCUGAUAAAAAAAAACCCAAGAAAGAUAUCCUUAAUAGGUUUGUAUUGUUUUCAUUAUAUUGUGUAUGAAAUGGGCAUUUGAACCUGCUCUUGAAAUUA